UGAAUACUGAUGAUGAUAUGUAUCUAUGUACCCUCACACACACAGUAGAGUGUACUGUUUCAAAAAAACCUUUGUCCCCUCCGCUGCCUCUCUCUUUUCCCUUUGCCCUUCCUCCACUCUUUCAAAUACCUUUCCUCAUCUCUCUCUCUCUCUCUCACACACACACACACACACGAACAGUUUGAGGAGUGAGCGUCUUGAACUGGGUUUGGAUGACCUGAACUCAAACUCAAACAACCACCUCUUAACACUCUUUUCACUUGAAGAAACUCAGACACACAUUCGAGCAAAGUCCCCACAAACAUAGGCUAUCUUCUUGAGCAACCCACUCUUUUGGCAAAUCCCAGUUCAGGUGAAACAUUCUUCUCAGUUCGACACUGUCCACGCCCCAGUUUGAAGUCUAUUUUUCCACCCCAUAAAAUGCCCCCACUUCUCCCAACUGCGACCCUCCUUUUCCUCCUUACGCUCGGUGCGUUUCUCCCACGCGCCGCCUCUAAAUCCACCAUUGAACCAUGCUCCAACUCCGACACUUGCUCCUCCCUCGUGGGUUACACCCUCUACACCGACCUCAAAGUCUCCGAAGUCGCCUCCCUCUUCUCCGUUGAUCCCAUCUCCCUACUCUUGACCAACGCCAUCGACAUUUCCUACCCUGACGUCGAGAACCACAUUCUUCCCUCCCAACUCUUCCUCAAAAUCCCCAUUCCUUGUUCCUGCGUCGACGGCAUCCGCAAAUCCAACUCUGUUUCCUACAAGACCCGCCCCUCCGACACACUCUCCUCCAUUUCCUCCGCCGUCUACGGCGGCCUCGUCUCGGCUGAUCAGAUUAAGGAGGCGAACUCUAAGGCCGAGCUCUCGGAUCCUUCGGUGAUCGCUGUUGGGACUCAGCUGAAUAUUCCGUUACCGUGUACUUGCUUUAAUAACACUGACAACAAUUUGCCUGCGGUUUAUAUGUCGUAUGUGGUGAAGGAUGUGGACACCUUGGCAGGAAUUGCGGCAAGGUAUGUCACGACUGUGAGUGAUUUGAUGAAUGUGAAUGCGCUGGGGAGUGCGGAGAUUAAGGAUGGUGAUAUUCUUGCCAUUCCGUUGUCUGCUUGUGCAUCAAAUUUCCCAACGUAUGCAAAGGACUAUGGCUUGGUCGUCCCAAAUGGGAGUUAUGCCAUAACCGCUAGUCACUGUGUGCAGUGCAGUUGUGGACCAGGGAGUCGCAAUCUAUACUGCAUGCCGGCUUCAUUAGCAGUUUCUUGUUCGAGCAUGCAAUGCAGAAGUAGUAAUCUGAUGUUAGGAAACAUAACCACGCAACAAACCAGUGCUGGUUGCAAUGUGACUUCUUGCAAUUACAGUGGCUUUGUGAAUGGGAGCAUUGCUUCUACACUGUCCACAUCCCUCCAACCUAGAUGCCCAGGAACCCAGCAGUUUCCUCAACUAAUUGCUCCACCUACAGUACUCCCAGAUUCGGUAUUUUCUCCAGCACCAGCACCAUCAGAGUCUGGUGGUAUUCCAACAACCAACCCAAAAUCCUCUGUAGUGCCCUCAUCUGGUGCAGUUCUUGGAUUUCCACCAGCAGGUGGACCAACCGGAAGUCCCUCUGGUUCCUCCGGUGCUGGCUUCUUAACGGACCACUCAAUUAGCUUUCCGAUUAUGCUUGUAUUAGGUCUGUUUGUGAAGUUUGUAUUAUCAUUCUCAUUGUAAUUUCCUCAUUUGCGUGGCGGGACAGUGGGACGUUUUGCUUGGUUUGGUUCAUGGUUCUAUGAGUAUGUUGUAUUUAAACAUUUAUCACUUUUGUUUGAAAAUUUUAGAUGCAGAUGACCAGUCAUUC